GUGGCAAGACCUUCUUGAGUUUGGGUGCGUCAGUGUGAAAGUGUGACACAGGGGUGGCUUAAAUAGAACACAUUUUUCUGUAACUUAAUCAUUCUGGAUCACUACUUGGCUUGAAGAAGAGUUUCUCUCAACAAAAUGGCGACAUCAGUCCCUCUAUCCAAGGCCAACACCACAUUCUCUCUGGAUUUGUUCAAAAAGCUGAGCGAUGACGACAAGACUGGGAAUAUCUUCUUCUCUCCUUUUAGCAUCUCUUCAGCAGCUCUGGCUAUCGUUUAUGCUGGGGGCAGAGGCAACACAGCCACCAGAUUUUCAGAGGUCCUCUGCUUCACUGAGGAAAAGCGACUGAAGCAGACGGGAUCACAGCCGUCGGUGAUGCAGUCGCAGAUGCAGACGCGGAUGCAGAUGCGGACGCAGAUACAGCAGUCCAGCAGGCUGCCACAGUAUCUGCUCAAGUGCCUGAAACCCCAGAACGGUCAAGAGGAUGAUGUUCAUGCGAAGUUUGCCCGACUGCUGAGCGAGCUCAACAAAGAAGAUGCUCCCUAUGCUCUCAGUCUGGCCAACAGGCUUUAUGGGGAGCAGUCCUACGAGUUUGUUGAGGAUUUCUUAGCUGAAACCAAAAAACACUACGACGCUGAGCUGGAGUCUGUGGACUUCAAAUCCAACGCGGAGACGGCCAGGGUCGACAUCAAUAGCUGGGUGGAGAAGCAGACGCAAGGUAAAAUCAAGGCCAUGCUGGGCCAGGGUGUGGUGGACGUCUUGACCAGGCUGGUGCUGGUUAAUGCCAUCUACUUCAAAGGCAACUGGAACAAGCAGUUUGAGGAGGAUUCUACUAUUGAUGCUGAGUUUAGAAUCAACAAGAAUUCCACUAAGUCGGUGAAGAUGAUGUGCCAGAGUAGUAAAUUCUCUUUCACCUUCAUUCCUGAGGUCAACUGUAAGAUCCUAGAGAUGCCCUAUAAAGGGAAGGACCUCAGCAUGCUCAUCUUCCUGCCCAAGGAGAUAGAGGAUGAUACCACGGGCUUGGAGAAGCUGGAGAAUGAGCUGACCUAUGAGAAGUUUGUGGAGUGGACUCGUCCAGAGGUGAUGGGUCAAACUAAGGUUGAGGUGAGAAUGCCUCGAUUCAAGAUGGAAGAGAAGUAUGACUUGAAGGAUGUCCUUAUCAGCAUGGGCAUGACGAACGCUUUUGAUGUCACAAUGAGUGACUUCUCUGGCAUGUCUCCCGCCAACGACCUGGUGCUGUCAAAAGUCGUCCACAAGGCCUUUGUGGAGGUCAACGAGGAGGGAACCGAGGCUGCUGCUGCCACCGCUGCCAUCAUUACAGAACGCUCAGUAAUGAUUCCUGAAGUGUUCAUCGCCGACCACCCCUUCCUCUUCUUCAUCCGACAUAACUCCACCAACAGCAUUCUCUUUGCAGGCCGAUACUGCUCCCCUGAGUGAGCGCUACAGUAUAUCCUGUAGACAUGGACGGAUUAUGAGACAAUGGGACCCUGGGAAGAGACACAUAAAAGGCCACCCACCCCUCCUACAUAACGGCAAAGGCUGUUCUUCUCUUUGUGGUUAUUUUGUGUCUCUUCUUUGGGUUAGGGCCCAGUAGACCCGUUCAGUAAUCCGUCCAUGCCUGUAGAGCACUGUGAUGCAGAGCUGUGUCUCCAUCCUAUAUUUUCAUCACCAGGUUUUUCCAACAGCCUUUAAACGGAAACUAUAGUGCUAGAUUACUUUUUUUUCUGCAUAUGGUGCCUCAGUGCGGUAAAAUCUUCUUAAAAUCAUUUUACACAAGUUAUUCUGCCUUUAUACUACACCUUUACUACUGGCAAAAUAGGCACAUACACAUACAUAUGUAUAUUAUUUGCCCUUAAACCAUGCAUGUCCACCUUCUGUAUGUCCCUCACUGCUUUCUAAUGGACCACUGCUUUCUCACAUUCCACUCAUGAUUUAAUCCAUUCAUCUGUCACAAAACCUAAAGUGUUAAAUCCUAAAUUUGAUCUCAAAUUUUAUAUAUUUCCUGCUGUAUACAUAAAUAAACAUAUUAAUAUAUAAUAUAUUGUAAUUUCCUGUAAUUAAGUAUAACAUUUAUUGUGUAAUAUCUAUCUUAAGCCAUCUGAAUGUCUUACAAUUCAAGAUGUUUUCCUCUUUAUCUAGAGAGAAUGUGUAGAUCUUCCAUCUGUUUGAUGCACUGAGUAAAAAGGAGUAUAAUG